GCUGCCUCUGAAUGUCCUUCUUACUUCCCGCCCCAUAAGCAAAGACGUCGUGGCUCACAUUGACGACUUACGUCACUCCGCCCAAGGAAGACCAAAGGAAGACGGGCUGGUACCCUGAACUGAAAGGCUCCGCGCCCACGACCCAUUCCUGCUCCAUACGUCCUCCUAUACUCUGCUCGGUCCACCGCUCAAUCUCCUCUCAGACCUGUUCUGGCCGAGUGAUCCGUGAACAAACACAAACCUUCUACCGCACAGCGUCAGAAUGCAGUCCCAGGCUGCGAGACACCGACGUUCCUUCUCGAAGUCAGGGAUGGACCAGGUCAUCUGCGAGGGAUGGGUGCUGAAGAAGAGGCGCAAGAAGAUGCAAGGUUUCGCCCGCCGCUACUUCAAGCUGCAGCAGUCGGGAUGGCUCUCUUACUCCUUCGAACCUGGACACCCCAGUAGAGACCAGAUCUUUCUGCCUCAGGCAGCCAUCUCCAGCACACCCGGACGGAGAGAUAUCCAUGUCGAUGCAGGCACUGCAACAUUUCAUAUCAAGUGUCUCACCGUGGAGGACUUCAACAAAUGGAUGACGGCAUCCCGCAAGUUCCUGGCUCCAAAGGAUGGCCAAGGUGCAUAUUCCCCUUCGUUGGGAAGACGAUCGACCGUCAAGUCUCUGCGCACGUCACAAUUGGGUCUGGGAAGUCUUGGAAAAGUAGGCCCCUUGGCAGAGGAGAUGGGCAACACGAUCGAUGAGCUACAAACUCUCGUGUCUGCAUGGCACGCAGAUACGCUGAAACGCAGAAGCGGUUCUAUACGUUCCAAAGGAGACAAGGAGAAGAAAGAUCGGGGUAAGGAACAUGGCGGCCACGUACUAGUCGGGUUUCUCAAAAAGGCCGCCCCUCUCCAGCAAGCGAGUACUUCCCGCGAUAGCACUCAGGAAGAACCUUCUGAUGCGAGCCCGUCGUCAAGCGCCAACGUGGAGAAGGUACAAGCCGUGCUGGACACCCUCAAGCACCAACACUCUGCUCUCAUGCGCGUAUUACCCGGCUACCCCACGCUCGAUACGUCGCACUCCCCAACAGCAGGCACUUCACUGUCAGCUACCUCGGAGGAGGACGGCGAUCAGACACCGACGGCGAGCACGAGCCUUGCGCAGAAGCUCGGACGUACGUCUAUGAUAAGUUCGAACAGCGGAGGCAGCAAUAGUGUUUGGUUCGAUGCACCAGAGCCUGAGGGUGCGGAGGAGUUCGUCCUGGACUCGUCGCCUGGGGACGAACGGGAAAACGGAAUACUUGACGAGGGCGUACAACCGAGUAGUCCUGUCUCGCAAUCUGACGACGUCUCCAGCUCGGAUGCGACCACGGACGCGGAUACGGAUGCUGAAAGCGACAGUGAGUCAGAGGCCGCACCAGAGACUGCUCCGACGAGUCCUGCGCAAUCGAAUGAGGAUAGAAGGAUUGUUCGGCGGACAGAGCUACCAUCAGGGCCGGUUGGCGAUGAGGGCAGUCUCUUCUCCGUCCUGAAAAAGAACGUCGGGAAGGACCUCUCGCAAGUGGCGAUGCCUGUUUCGUUCAACGAGCCCUUGACCCUCCUUCAGAAGAUGGCGGAAGAGAUUGAGUGCCAUGAUAUGCUCUCGCAGGCGGCGCACACGGAAGACCCUGUAGAUAGAUUGUCUCUCGUGGCUGCAUUUGCCGUCUCGACAUACGCGAACACAAAGUACCGAACGGGACGUAAAGGCUUCAAUCCGAUGCUUGCAGAGACAUUCGAAGAGCCCAGAAUGAGGUUCAUUGCGGAGAAAGUGUCUCAUAAUCCCGUCAUCCUUGCGUUCCACGCUGAAGGGGACGGAUGGGAGCUCUGGGCCACGUCCAGUGGUAAGACCAAGUUCUGGGGCAAGAGCCUUGAGAUCAUCCCCCAAGGGACAACACAUCUUAAGCUCGGCGACGAGCACUACGAGUGGAAGCGGCCAUCAUCCUUCAUGCGCAACCUCAUGAUGGGUACGAAGUAUCUUGAGCACUGUGGCAAGUUAACCAUCGAGAACACCACGUCCGGCGGGAAAUGCGUACUCGACUUCAAAGAAGGCGGAUACUGGGGUCCCUCGAACCAAGUCUCUGGUACAGUCGUCUCGUCCAACGGAAAGACUCAAGCGCAUCUCGAAGGCAAGUGGGACGAACAGAUGGCGCGCAAGCUCGACUCAUCGCACCUGCGCGUCCUCUGGCGAAUCACGCCCUUCCCAAAGAACGCCCCCGACCUCUACGGCUUCACGGCGUUUGGUAUCACGCUGAACGAGAUUACAUCAGACUUGGAGGGCCGCCUACCUCCGACGGACUCGCGUUUGAGGACAGACGUACGGGCACUAGAAGAGGGUGACAUUGAUCGCGCUGAAGAGGAGAAGAAGCGAAUCGAAGAGAUGCAGCGGGACAGGCGGAAGAUGGGUGCUGAGUGCAGACCGAGGUGGUUCAAACAGCAAGGCGACGAGUGGGUCUACGUCGGUGGCUACUGGGAACAGCGGGAUCGUGGGUGGAAGGACAUUCAGCCUCUUUGGUAAGAACCGAUAAUAAUCAGGGCGAGAUGAGAGAACAGGACUACAUUAUGACUAAGUAAUACGUUCUUGCACACCCGCCUUGCAUACAUCCGCUAGCAUCGUUCAACAUUGCCAGAAUUGCAUACGUUCGAUAAUUCAUGCCCAUCGUCCUCCGAGUGGAUCG